AUGUCUCAUGAUAUCACUUUCUUCGAUCUGCCUUCCAAGGGCAAAUCAGCCUGUUGGAGUUUGAAUCCAUGGAAGGCUCGCCUUGUACUCAAUUACAAGAAUCUCCCAUACAAAACACAAUGGAUCGAGUACCCCGACGUUGCUCCAACUUUCAAAAGCUACGGCAUCCCUGCGAACUCCCCAGAGCUCAACCCCAAUGCAGAGUAUUCCAUUCCAGCAGCACAGAUCAACGGACAAUACAUCAUGGACUCAUUAAGCAUUGCCCACACACUCGAGGAUCUCCAACCAGAGCCAUCUCUGCACCUCAACAGCGAAUAUGUCGGCCGUACUCAAGAAGCCAUCUUAAAGCUCUGGGGCCAGCUGGCACCUAUCGCUAUGCAUCGUAUUCCUGACAUGCUCCUCAACCCUUGCAGCGCACAGUACUUCCAGGAGACGCGAACCAAGCGCUUUGGCAUGUCUCUUGCUGAAUUCGCAAAGAGUGACAAGGCCGAGAAUGCCUGGCCUGGAGCCCAACCGAUUCUUGAGGAAAUCAAGACGAUUUUACAUGAGAAUAGCGGUGGUCCGUAUGUGCUGGGCAACAAGCCUAGCUUUGCGGACUUUAUUCUUGCGGGAUGGUGGCGUUUUACGGAACUGCUUGAUAACGAUGGUGAUUUGCAUGGACGUAUUAUGCAGUUUGAUGACGGGUUUCUGGAGCACUACGACGCUUGUAAGAAGUGGAUGGAGAGGGUAGAUUGA